CCAGAGAGAGAGAGACAGAGAGCGCAUCUCAUUUCCCUCUCCACCGUUUUUUUUUGUUGUUGUAAAGAGAGUAGCAAGGUGUGUAAGUGACGCAUAUAAACGUGUAUAAGUAGUUUUGUGCAUAUAGAAUAAUUAUAGAAUAAUUAGGCUAUUGUGUUUCGCUUUAAGCAGUAUUUAUAAAGUAGCCUUAAAUGUAUAUACCGUAAAAAAAAAUACGCUACUUUUUUUACCGAGUCAAAAAAUGCUUUGAGCUGAAGCGGAACAUCCUUCCGCUGCCAUCAUGAAGACAGGCUGCGGGGUCUGACAACACGCUCUCUCUCGUACGCCGGGCCCUGAUUGGAUGGAAUAACCAACCACCUGUGACGUCAGGUGACCUCGAUUGAUCGCAGGAGGCGGAGCCUGGAGUCAUCUCCGUGGCGUACACACAGAGAGAAGACUACAACAUCUCCCUAAAGAACUACAACCCCCAGAGAGUAUCACAGAGACAGGGACCACCAUCCCUAUGGACCUGAUCUCAACCCUCCUCUCCUUCAGGACUACAACAUCUCCCUAAAGAACUACAACCCCCAGAGAGAUGGUGACCACAACCCCCUGAUCUCAACCCUCCUCUCCUUCAGGACUACAACAUCUCCCUAAAGAACUACAACCCCCAGAGAGAUGGUGACCACAACCCCCUGAUCUCAACCAUCCUCUCCUUCAGGACUACAACAUCUCCCUAAAGAACUACAACCCCCACAGAGACGGCGACCACCAUCACACUAUGGACGUCACAACCCCCUGAGUUCCACAAGGACUACAACUCAACAUCUCCCUAAAGGACUACAACCCCCAGGGUUCUGAGCGGAGCAGCCAUGAGCGCAGCAGCAGCAGCAGCGGAGACCCAGGUGAAGUGUGUGCUGGUGGGGGACAGCGCUGUUGGGAAGACGGCCCUCCUGGUUCGCUUCACCUCAGAGACGUUUCCUGACUGCUACAAACCAACUGUGUACGAGAACACUGGCGUAGAAGUCUACAUGGACGGGGCUCCGAUCAACCUGGGUCUGUGGGACACGGCAGGAAAUGACACGUUCAGACAGAUCCGUCCGAUGUCCUAUAAGCAGGCGGAUGUGGUCCUGAUCUGCUACUCCGUGGCCAACGCCGCCUCCCUCGCCAACGUCAAGCACAAGUGGCUGGUAGAGGUGCGUGAGAAUCUUCCUCGUGUUCCGGUUCUGGUGGUGGCGACUCAGACGGACCAGCGUGACACCGGGCCUUACCGCGCCUCCUGCUCCUCCGCCGCCGAGGGCAAACGCCUCGCCCAGGACGUACGGGCCAAGGGGUACCUGGAGUGCUCGUCGCUAAGCAACCGCGGCGUGCAGCAGGUGUUCGAGUGUGCGGUGCGGACGGCGGUGAACCAGGCCAGGAAACGGACGCGUCCGCGGAUGUUUGAUAUCAACAGCUGCACGGUGUUUUGACCUUUGACCUCAAAAAACCUUUGGGACCUCCUAGGGUUGGGGUUUGGUGAUCGGUGGAUACCCGAAGCCUCUAGCGACUGCUCUAGGAUCAGGACUCGGGGCCCAGUGGCGACUCCGACUUGGACUCAACACCGGGGACUUGGGACCGGACUGGCGGCUUAGUGACUGGACUACAUCACUGUAUCUGACUUGAACUAUUCGAAUGUUCUGUCUGACCCAGGACCUGUGGUUUUUUUGGGGGGGGGGAAACUCUUGAACUAUUCGAAGUUCUGUCUGUGCCGUAAGACAGUAAACCUCCCAAUGUGUCAUUUUGACCUCUAACCUUUUGAUGACUGGACACGCGGAUCUGUAAACGACCCUCCGUAAAGGGGGGGGGGGGGCCAAAACACCGCCAAAAUGGGAAAUCGUUUUUUUAACAACCUGGGCCUGUGUUCACAAAACGUCUCGGACUCGGGAGUGCUGAUCUAGAGUCAGUUUCACUUUCUAGGUCAUAAUUUCUAGGUCGUAAUUUCUCUAGGUCAUAAUUAUUCUAGGUCAUCAUGAAUCGGAUUACAUCGAUCUGAACUCCUAUUCUGAGACGCUUUAUGAAUACAGGCCAUGGAAGCACAGACGGUCUGUGUGAGUUUGAAAAUCACGAACUCUCAAACUGUUUUUUUUAUUUCUUCUUUCUUCUUCUGUUGUUUUGAUGUCUGUUAUUCGAUAGAUUUAGAGGAGGGUUUCUAGAGAUUUCAGUCAAUAACGUCACCAGAGAGUUAUAGGUUGUUCGUUAUGAUGAAACAGACGAUCAGGUAUUUUAGAUCGGACGGUAAACAGAGACGAUCAGGUAUUUAGAUGGGAUGGUAAACAGAGACGAUCAGGUAUUUAGAUGGUAAACAGAGACGAUCAGGUAUUUUAGAUGGGAUGGGAAACAGAGACGAUCAGGUAUUUUAGAUGGGAUGGUAAACAGAGACGAUCAGGUAUUUUAGAUGGGAUGGUAAACAGAGACGAUCAGGUAUUUAGAUGGUAAACAGAGACGAUCAGGUAUUUUAGAUGGGAUGGGAAACAGAGACGAUCGGGUAUUUUAGAUGGGAUGGUAAACAGAGACGAUCAGGUAUUUUAGAUCGGACGGUAAACAGAGACGAUCAGGUAUUUAGAUGGUAAACAGAGACGAUCAGGUAUUUUAGAUGGGAUGGGAAACAGAGACGAUCAGGUAUUUUAGAUGGGAUGGUAAACAGAGACGAUCAGGUAUUUUAGAUCGGACGGUAAACAGAGACGAUCAGGUAUUUUAGAUGGGAUGGUAAACAGAGACGAUCAGGUAUUUUAGAUCGGACGGUAAACAGAGACGAUCAGGUAUUUUAGAUGGGAUGGUAAACAGAGACGAUCAGGUAUUUUAGAUGGGAUGGUAAACAGAGACGAUCAGGUAUUUUAGAUCGGACGGUAAACAGAGACGAUCAGGUAUUUUAGAUGGUAAACAGAGACGAUCAGGUAUUUUAGAUCGGAUGGUAAACAGAGACGAUCAGGUAUUUUAGAUGGUAAACAGAGACGAUCAGGUAUUUUAGAUGGGAUGGUAAACAGAGACGAUCAGGUAUUUUAGAUGGGAUGGUAAACAGAGACGAUCAGGUAUUUUAGAUGGGAUGGUAAACAGAGACGAUCAGGUAUUUUAGAUGGGAUGGUAAACAGAGACGAUCAGGUAUUUUAGAUCGGACGGUAAACAGAGACGAUCAGGUAUUUUAGAUGGUAAACAGAGACGAUCAGGUAUUUUAGAUGGUAAACAGAGACGAUCAGGUAUUUUAGAUGGGAUGGUAAACAGAGACGAUCAGGUAUUUUAGAUGGGAUGGUAAACAGAGACGAUCAGGUAUUUUAGAUCGGACGAUAAACAGAGACGAUCAGGUAUUUUAGAUGGGAUGGUAAACAGAGACGAUCAGGUAUUUUAGAUGGGAUGGUAAACAGAGACGAUCAGGUAUUUUAGAUGGGAUGGUAAACAGAGACGAUCAGGUAUUUUAGAUGGGAUGGUAAACAGAGACGAUCAGGUAUUUUAGAUCGGACGGUAAACAGAGACGAUCAGGUAUUUUAGAUGGGAUGGUAAACAGAGACGAUCAGGUAUUUUAGAUCGGACGGUAAACAGAGACGAUCAGGUAUUUUAGAUGGGACGGUAAACAGAGACGAUCAGGUAUUUUAGAUCGGACGGUAAACAGAGACGAUCAGGUAUUUUAGAUGGUAAACAGAGACGAUCAGGUAUUUUAGAUCGGACGGUAAACAGAGACGAUCAGGUAUUUUAGAUGGGAUGGUAAACAGAGACGAUCAGGUAUUUUAGAUGGGAUGGUAAACAGAGACGAUCAGGUAUUUUAGAUGGGAUGGUAAACAGAGACAAUCAGGUAUUUUAGAUCGGACGGUAAACAGAGACGAUCAGGUAUUUUGGACGGUAAACAGAGACGAUCAGGUAUUUUAGAUCGGACGGUAAAAUUGUCCGCUUCCAGGAAGACGUUGUAAACUUUUUUUUAAAUUUAUAUCCUUGACAAGUUAUUUUUAUUGUUAUUGUUUUAUUUCAGGUUAAAAUUGAAGUAAACAAUACAAGUUGACAUCGACUAUUUCCGUUCUCCGUCUAUAGAUGUUGAAAGUGAUCCUUUUGGAAAGGUAUUCCAGCUUGUGAUUUGUCUGUUCCCUUUGUGUUAAAGAAAUGUUGCCAACCACUUAAAGUGCCUGUAACAUAAUUCAUGAAUAAACGAACGACCUUC